AUGCGAAUCAGUUGUUCAAAAUCAGUGCCUUUUUCAGAUUUAAUAAAUAUAAAUACAGGCGCUGCCGGGGAAAUCGUGGAUAAAAAUGACGAUGAAGAAGAAAACCGACUCCCAUUAUCCGAACAUUUAUGGGAAAUUGUGAAGUUAUGUGGGAAGCAGUGGAGAUGGUUUGUUCCAGCAUAUACACUUCUGAUUCUGGAUUGUGCUUUGAACCUUAUCGAACCAGCCUUGUAUGGUCAAAUGAUGACAAAUGCGAUUCAAAUGAAAUCUUUUGAUAUUAUCAAACGAGCCUGCCUACUGCUGGCACUCAUCCAAUUCUCAGAAGCUACAUGCAAAUCGGCUUGUUACUUUUUCAUGCAAUACGCUGAAAAGUUAACUGCAAGGAAUAUUCGUAUCCAACUUUUCCGUUCAAUUCUCCAUCAGGAAAUCUCAUUUUUUGAUGAGAAUAAAACAGGACAAUUGGUGUCAAGAAUCACACAUGACUCGGAAUCCAUUUCAAAUACUCUUCCAGUUCACAUUGAAACACUUGUCAACAAUCUAUUCAUGUUUUUUGGAUCCAUUCCAAUCAUGUUUUGUUAUUCAUGGCAGUUGACAUUAACUUCAUUCAUUGAAUUUCCAAUUACUCUGUUAAUGACAAGAUAUUAUGGAUUGGCAGUGGAGAAGCUAUCAGAAAAGGAAAAUGAUGCAACUGCAGCUUCAAAUGAAACUGUUGAAGAAGUACUUUCAGCUAUCCGAACAGUUAGAUCAUUCGCUGCUGAGAAUUUCGAACAAAAACGAUACACUAAGAAUACGGAAGACUGGUUCAAGAUUAGCACAAAGACUGUGACACUUGGAACUAUCUACAACUAUUUUUGGGCUCUUAUGUUACGUUCGCAAGAUGUUAUUCGAUAUUUAUAUGGAGGAUAUUUGGCAUUAAAUGGGAGAAUGGCUCCGGAGGCAUUGCUAACUUUUAUCUUUUAUCACUGGAGACUUCAUACUGCGAUCAAUGCGUUCAGUUCCCUAUUCUCUGGCGUCAUGAAAACCAUUGGUCUAUCCCGAAAAGUGAUACAUCUGAUCAAUAGAAAACCACAACUUGACUAUGAUUUUGGGACUGAAACUCCAGAAAUUCAAGGAAAAAUUGAGUUUGAAGUAGUUGAAUUUGCAUAUCCGACUCGGAAAACAGUAAAUGUAAUAAAUGGAAUCAACUUAUCAAUUGAAUCAGGAAAAACUGUUGCCUUGGUUGGACCGAGUGGAAAUGGGAAAUCUACUUUGGUUUCUUUAAUUCAACAAUUUUAUACUCCACAAUCUGGAAGAAUAUUGACUGAUGGAAUUCCAAUUCAGAAUAUUAAUCAUCAACAUUAUCACUCAAAUAUUGCCCUUGUUGCUCAAGAACCAACAUUAUUCUCAGGAACUAUCAGAGAAAAUAUUCUUUUUGGAAUUGAAAAUGGAACAGAAGAAGCUAUGUUGAAAGCCGCUGAAAUGGCAAAUGUUCAUGAAUUUGUGUCAAAAAUGGAUGAUGGAUAUGAUACAAAGUGUGGAGAGAAGGGUGUUCAAAUGUCUGGAGGUCAGAAGCAACGAAUUGCAAUCGCAAGAGCUCUUAUCAGAAAUCCACGUGUUUUAAUCCUUGAUGAAGCCACGUCAGCAUUAGAUUCAGAAUCUGAAGGAAUGGUUCAAGAAGCAUUGAAUAAAUGUGCAAAAGAACGUACUGUUAUAGUGAUUGCACAUCGCCUUUCAACUGUACGAAAAGCCCAGAAAAUUGCUGUAAUUGAAAAUGGAAGUGUGAAGGAGAUGGGAUGUCAUGAUGAAUUGAUGGAGAAUCAGGAUGGGCUUUACUACAAAUUAGUUAGCAAGCAACUUGGUUCAAUUGUUGAUACAAAUAUUUUUAACUGCUUCGAUAUGCUAAUAUUUUUUGUCCUUUUUUAG